GAAUAAAGUAAAUCAGAAACACAAAAACAGGCAGUCCACAGCACAUGAUCGUUGUCCUCGCAGCAUCCUCCGAGAGGCUUGGCAGCAUCAUGCUGCUACCUCUGGUCCUCUCCAUCUGGCUCCUCCUACCGUCAGCCACAUCUCAAGAUCUGCUGCAAUGUAACCGAUGUGCAAAUUUAACUCAGGCAACGUGUAAAAAAAAUGUAGUAACCUGCAGUGCCUCGGAUACCGCGUGCGUCUCCUACUAUGAGAAAGGCACAGUAGGUACAAAACAUACAACGUUGUUUUUGAUGAUGUGUGGAACAUGUGACAUGUUCCGUCCUACUUCUGUGCGCUUCCAUAGAGGAACAGUGAAGAGCAACUCAACAUGCUGCACCAAGUCCUCCUGCAUUCCACCCGAGCCUACCAUUGAACCAGACAGACUCGUCACAAAGAAUGGGAAGAUUGUAGGCAACGGGGUCAUCUGCAAAUCCUGCUACACCACCGCCAAGAGCUGCGACUGCAACGCUUUUGUGAAUUGUACCGGACAGGAGUCGCUUUGUAUACAUCGGAAUACUGUAGUGACAGGCGAACACAGCUAUUUAUUGGCCGUUCGAGGUUGUACUACUAACCAAACCUGUGAGGCUCCUAAACUGAAAGCCGAUAAAACGAAACCAUUCACAAUGAGCUCCGAUUCUUCAUGUUCCAGUAGCGAAGUUCUUCUUCACAGCCCAUUACUGUGGUUCCUGUCUGUCAUAUUCCUUUUAUUUUUCAGGCCCAUCACGCGCUGAUUAGUCCUCCUUACCCCUACAACGCUAUUUAUGGCCCACCACCAUCUCUGACAAUACGAGGAAAUACGCUCAGUGGUUUAAAGUAUACAGACUAUGCUGACAGAAGGAGGGAGCAGAGAGAUGACUUUGCCAGUCUGUUGCUGCUCCUUAACUCUCCAAUCACAGACUAGGACCUGACUGUUUUGCUUAAAGUGUAUCCAAAACCAAGACCAAGAACAAAAAUAAUAAAGUAUUAUAUAAUAUAUA